CCCCUCUUCUCCUUCAGCGCUGCGCUUCGCCAGUCGACGAAGGGGAACGGGGUCUCCGCUGUCUCAUUUCAUAAAGUGCCAGGGGAUGGGGGUGUGUGACUGAAGGUCCACAGAGAAGAUCCACUGAGAGCCACGUGUCCAUCCACUUCUUCUUCAGUUCUGCUACCUGAUUUGGAUCGAUACCUCUUAAACACAGCCUGACAGACAUACGACUCGGGAUGGAUUUUUCCAAGCUGCCCAAGAUCCGCGACGAGGACCGGGAGGGCCAGUUCGGCUAUGUGCACGGCGUCUCCGGACCUGUCGUGACAGCGUCCAGUAUGGCAGGAGCUGCCAUGUAUGAGCUGGUACGUGUGGGACACAGCGAACUGGUUGGGGAGAUCAUUCGCUUGGAGGGGGACAUGGCCACCAUCCAGGUGUACGAAGAGACGUCGGGUGUGUCCGUCGGAGACCCAGUCCUGCGCACAGGCAAGCCUCUCUCUGUGGAACUGGGGCCUGGGAUCAUGGGUUCCAUCUUUGACGGAAUCCAGCGUCCCCUAAAGGACAUCAACGACCUGACAAAGAGCAUUUAUAUCCCGAGAGGAGUCAAUAUUGGGGCCCUCAACCGGGACAUCAAGUGGGAGUUCUCCCCCUGCAAAACCCUCCGGGUUGGGAGCCACAUCACAGGGGGGGAUAUUUACGGCAUGGUGUUUGAGAACUCGCUUAUCAAGCACAAGAUCAUGCUGCCACCCAGGAACAGGGGCACUGUCACUUACCUGGCCCCACCUGGGAACUACGACGUCUCUGAUGUGGUGCUUGAGCUGGAAUUUGAGGGCGUGAAAGAGAAGUUCACCAUGGUGCAGGUGUGGCCGGUGCGGCAGGUGCGGCCUGUCACAGAGAAGCUGCCCGCCAACCAUCCCCUGCUGACAGGGCAGCGUGUGCUGGAUGCCCUCUUUCCGUGCGUGCAGGGUGGGACCACAGCCAUCCCUGGUGCCUUUGGCUGCGGAAAGACGGUCAUCUCACAGUCCCUGUCCAAGUACUCCAACAGCGAUGUCAUCAUCUACGUGGGCUGCGGGGAGCGUGGCAAUGAGAUGUCAGAAGUGCUGCGGGAUUUCCCUGAGCUCACAAUGGAGGUGGACGGGAAGGUGGAGAGCAUCAUGAAGAGAACAGCGCUGGUGGCUAACACCUCCAACAUGCCUGUCGCCGCCCGAGAGGCUUCCAUCUACACAGGAAUCACGCUGUCGGAGUAUUUCCGAGACAUGGGCUACCACGUGAGCAUGAUGGCAGACUCGACGUCGCGAUGGGCGGAGGCGCUCAGGGAGAUCUCCGGGCGACUGGCAGAGAUGCCUGCUGACAGCGGGUACCCUGCCUACCUGGGGGCGCGACUGGCGUCCUUCUACGAGCGAGCGGGACGCGUCAAGUGUCUGGGCAACCCCGAGAGGGAGGGCAGCGUCAGCAUCGUGGGGGCCGUGUCGCCCCCUGGAGGUGACUUCUCAGACCCCGUGACAUCUGCCACCCUUGGAAUAGUACAGGUGUUCUGGGGCCUGGACAAGAAGCUGGCCCAACGGAAACACUUCCCUUCCGUCAACUGGCUCAUCAGCUACAGCAAGUACAUGCGCGCGCUCGAUGAGUACUAUGACAAGCACUUCCCCGAGUUUGUGCCGCUGCGCACCAAGGCCAAGGAGAUCCUGCAGGAGGAGGAGGACCUGGCUGAGAUCGUGCAGCUUGUCGGGAAGGCAUCUCUGGCUGAGACCGACAAGAUCACCCUAGAAGUGGCCAAGCUGAUCAAGGACGACUUCCUGCAGCAGAAUGGCUACACGCCCUAUGACAGGUUCUGUCCUUUCUACAAAACGGUGGGCAUCCUGUCCAACAUGAUUGCAUUCUAUGACAUGGCGCGACACGCGGUGGAGACCACAGCCCAGAGCGAUAACAAGAUCACCUGGGCCAUGAUCCGCGAGCACAUGGGAGAGAUCCUCUACAGGAUCAGCUCCAUGAAGUUCAAGGACCCUGUGAAGGAGGGCGAGGCCAAGAUCAAGGCAGACUACGCACAGCUCCUGGAGGACAUGCAGAACGCCUUCCGGAGCUUGGAGGACUAAGCGCCGCUGGACUGGGGAGGGGGAGCAGUGCAGUAUUCCAGCCUGAGUGUGAGCCUCCCUACUGUGUACGGGGAGGGGGGUAUUCGCAGCGUAUCCACAUUCCGGUCUCUUUGUUUGGUUUGUGUUUGUUGUGAGUCGUGUUGUCGUUAACACACGUAUGGGGUCAUGAGCUUUUUACACUGCAGCGACUGCUGACCGCGCAUAUGGGUGUGUGCGCGUGCGUGCGUUCCUUCCUGCUCCAGUUGUCACCCAUGACCCCUGACCUCCUGCUUCCCCAGGUGAUUCCAAGCCUUUGCUGUAGACAUAAUAAAUUCAGUGGAUGUACUUAUUCUCCUUCUGUAAAGAUGAUUAUUAAAAGGUGACUUCAGCACAA